AUGUCCCUAGUACCCAUCAUCGCUGCAGUCUUUGUUCUCUUGGUAUUCACCCUCAAACUCCCGUCUCCCAAUACCCCUGUUUGGGCAGGUCUGAAAGCCAUCGACUGGCCCGGCAGCUUCCUCAUCAUAGGAGGAACUUUGAUGUUGUUGCUCGGUCUUUAUCUUGGCGGCGUGUACGAGCCCUGGAACUCUGCAACAGUGGUCUCUCUCAUAGUGUCUGGUGUGGCCACUGGUGCGUUGUUCAUAUGGAACGAGUGGAAGUUGGCAGAGUUUCCUGUUCUACCAGUACACCUCUUCAAGACCUCUUCAUCCUCUUCAGCAUACGCCGUCACAUUCUUCCAUGCGUUUGUGUUCCUUGGUGUCGCCUAUUACCUACCGUUAUACUUUCAAGCAGUUCUUCUAGCGAGCCCACUGCGCUCGGGUGUAUUACUUCUUCCUUUCAUCUUGCCCAUCUCAAUUUCUGCUGCUCUUACUGGAGCCUACAUCCAGUUCAGUGGCAAGUAUCUUAUUGUUUCCCGUGUUGGGUUGAUGAUCAUGACACUGGGAAUGGGCCUGAUGAUCAGCUUGGACAUUGAGAUGAACUGGGCAAAAUUGAUCUCCUUCCAGAUAUUGACAGGAAUUGGGGUUGGCUUGAACUUUGAAGGCCCGUUGUUAUCUGUUCAAGCUGUUGUGCCGCACAAGGAUGUUGCGGCCGCGACCACAGCCAUGGGUUUUGUUCGAACACUGGCCUCGGGGAUAUCUGUUGUCAUUGGUGGGAUACUGUUCCAGAACGAAAUGAAGAGUGAAUACCAGACUCUUGAAGAUAGUCUAGGUCCCGACCUUGCUAGGUUGUUCAAGGGCGCAUCUGCAUCUGCGAGUGUCGAUCUGAUCAUGACCUUACCGACAGAGUCGCAGCUCGUCGUGAGGACAGCGUUCUUCAAUGCUCUUGACAAGAUGUGGAUAAUGUAUACUGUAUUCUCUGGCGUUGGCUUGUUACUAAGUUUCCUUAUGAAGGCGCAUCAUCUCAGCAAAGAUCAUCAGGAAGCGCACUUGGGCAUUAUCAAUGUAGCGGCGGAACCGAACCAAGCAGACGAGGUUGACCUUUCGACAGGCACCAGCGAGAGUCAGGAAAUGAGACGUAUCACUCCUAGACCUUGA